AUGUCCGCAGAGACAGAAAGCUUUGGAUUCCAGGCCGAGAUCGGCCAGUUGUUGGACUUGAUCAUUAACACGUUCUACUCUAACAAGGAGAUUUUCUUGCGUGAACUGAUCUCCAACGGCUCCGAUGCUCUCGAUAAGAUCCGCUAUGCAUCCCUUACCGAUCCCUCCGCUCUCGAUUCCGAGAAGGAGCUCUACAUCCGCAUCACCCCGGACAAAGAGAACAAAAUCCUCACUAUCCGCGACACUGGUGUCGGUUUGACCAAGGCCGACAUGGUCAACAACCUCGGUACGAUCGCGAAGUCUGGUACAAAGGGCUUCAUGGAGGCACUCAGCUCUGGUGCCGAUAUCUCCAUGAUCGGUCAAUUCGGUGUUGGUUUCUACUCAGCGUACCUCGUCGCCGAGCGCGUACAGGUCAUCUCGAAGCACAACGAUGACGAGCAGUACAUCUGGGAGUCUGCUGCGGGCGGUACUUUCACCAUCACCCCUGACCAAGUCAACCCCGCUCUCGGCCGCGGCACCGAGAUCCGGCUUUAUCUUAAGGAGGACCAGACUGACUAUCUUGAGGAGAAGCGCAUCAAGGACAUCGUCAAGAAGCACUCCGAGUUCAUUUCCUACCCCAUCCAGCUCGUCGUGACCAAGGAGGUCGAGAAGGAGGUCGAAGAUGAGGAGGAGGUCAAGGAGGAUGAGGCUGACAAGCCCAAGAUUGAAGAGAUCGAUGACGAGGCCGACAAGCCUGAAAAGAAGACCAAGAAGGUCAAGGAGUCAACUCAGGUCAACGAAGAGCUCAACAAGACCAAGCCGAUCUGGACUCGCAACCCCAGCGACAUCUCCCAGGAGGAGUACGGUUCGUUCUACAAGAGCUUGACGAACGAUUGGGAGGAGCACCUCGCUGUCAAGCACUUCUCCGUUGAGGGCCAGCUCGAGUUCAAGGCCAUCCUCUACAUCCCCAAGCGUGCGCCCUUUGACCUAUUCGAGACCAAGAAGAAGCGCAACAACAUCAAGCUCUACGUUCGCCGCGUUUUCAUCAUGGACGACUGCGAGGACCUCAUUCCCGAGUACCUCAACUUCGUCAAGGGUAUUGUCGACUCCGAGGACUUGCCUCUCAACAUUUCCCGUGAGACCUUGCAGCAGAACAAGAUUUUGAAGGUCAUUCGCAAGCACAUCGUCAAGAAGUGCAUGGACGUCUUCUCUGAGAUCGCUGAGGACAAGGACAACUUCACCAAGUUCUACGAGGCGUUUGGCAAGAACCUGAAGCUUGGUAUUCACGAGGAUGCUCAGAACCGCAGCAAGCUCGCUGAGUUCCUGCGCUUCUUCUCGACUAAGUCCGUCGACGAGACCAUCUCGCUCAAGGACUACAUCACUCGCAUGCCUGAGGUGCAAAAGUCGAUCUAUUACCUCACGGGUGAAUCACUUGCUGGCAUCAAGGAUUCACCUUUCUUGGAAGUCCUCAAGAAGAAGGGCUUCGAGGUUCUUCUCCUUGUCGACCCGAUCGACGAGUAUGCUUUCACGCAGCUGAAGGAGUUCGACGGCCACAAGCUCAUCUCUGUCUCGAAGGAGGGCUUGGAGCUGGAGGAGACUGACGAGGAGAAGAAGGCGCGUGAGGAGGAGGCCAAGGCCUUCGAGGACCUCUGCAAGGUCAUCAAGGAUGCUUUGGGCGAGAAGGUGGAGAAGGUCGUUGUCUCGAACCGUAUCACCGACUCGCCUUGCGUCCUCGUUACUGGGCAGUUUGGCUGGUCGUCGAACAUGGAGCGGAUCAUGAAGGCGCAGGCUCUUCGUGACUCUUCUAUGUCGUCGUACAUGGCAUCGAAGAAGACGCUUGAGCUGAACCCAACGCAUCCGAUCAUCAAGGAACUGAAGCGCAAGGUGUCCGAGGACAAGGCGGACAAGUCCGUCCGUGACCUCACGUACUUGCUCUUCGAGACUGCCCUGCUCACCUCGGGCUUCUCGUUGGAGGAGCCCACGUCGUUCGCCAAGCGGAUUCACCGCAUGAUCUCUCUUGGUCUCGACGUCGACGAGGAGGCAGACGAGGAGUCAGCGCCUGCUGCUGACGACGCCCCCCCACCGUUGGAGGGCGCGUCGGCCUCGGCGAUGGAAGAGAUCGACUAA